GUCUCCCUCAGUCUGCGUCACUGGUCCUCUGCUGACCUCCGUACAGAGCAAAGUUUACAUGCCGUGUUUCCGCAGCUCGCAUUUGAUUCAAGCUGCCAUCAGCGAUCCGUUUGUCUGUCGACUUGCACUUAUCAUCCCGGUCAUGGCGAUGCGCCAGAUCCUCCUGGUGAUGUGGGCUCUUGUGAUGUGCCUGUACCAGGCUGAGUCCAAGCGCAGCCCAGUCAGCCCUCACGUGCCUAGCAACCAUCCCGAGCCCGAGCGUGACGAUGAUGACAAGCCCGACUCGGAAGCCAGCCUCCUCGAGGAAGAGAAGAAGUGCACCCAACAUCUUGAUUGCCCACUGUGCUAUCUUUGCUCCGAGAACCAGAACUUCAAGACCGGUGUCCUGCGUACAGAGUCACAGCGCAAAGCUUACAUGCUGUGUUUCCGCAGCUCGCAUUUGAUUCAAGCUGCCAUCAGCGAUCCUUUUGUUUGUCGACUUGCGCUUAUCACCCCUUUCAUGGCGAUGCGCCAGAUCCUCCUGGUGAUGUGGGCUCUUGUGAUGUGCCUGUACCAGGCCGAGUCCAAGCGCAGCCCAAUCAGCCCUCACGUGCCUAGCAACAACCCCGAGCCCGAGCGUGACGAUGAUGACAAGCCCGACUCGGAAGCCAGCCUCCUCGAGGACGAGAAGAAGUGCACCCAACAUUUGGAUUGCCCAAUGUGCUAUCUUUGCUCCGAAAACCAGAACUUCAAGACCGGAGUCCUGCGUACAGAGUCACAGCGCAAAGCUUACAUGCUGUGUUUCCGCAGCUCGCAUUUGAUUCAAGCUGCCAUCAGCGAUCCGUUUGUCUGUCGACUUGCACUUAUCACCCCGAUCGUGGUGAUGCGCCAGAUCCUCCUGGUGAUGUGGGCUCUUGUGAUGUGCCUGUACCAGGCCGAGUCCAAGCGCAGCCCAAUCAGCCCUCACGUGCCUAGCAACAACCCCGAGCCCGAGCGUGACGAUGAUGACAAGCCCGACUCGGAAGCCAGCCUCCUCGAGGACGAGAAGAAGUGCACCCAACAUUUGGAUUGCCCAAUGUGCUAUCUUUGCUCCGAAAACCAGAACUUCAAGACCGGACUGGGCGGCGUCCCAGUCAUGUCUCGUGUCCCAGAGGCU